AUGUCUGAUAAAACUGAGAAAAAAUUUAAGGUUACGAUUGAAACUACAUCAGAAUACCUGGAAAAAAUAAUGAACGCUGUUAAAUCAGUGAAAUCUAAUUCUAUUGUUAAAAUAGUCAGUGAAACUCUUAAACCGAUGAUACCAAUGAUAGACCAUAAAUAUUUAGCAAAUGAUAUUACGACAAUGAAAGAGUUUUUAGAAAAAAUCCAACCAAUAUUUGAUGACAACUUUAAAAUCCUUUCACAUGAAGUGAACGUUCGAAAUCCGGAUUCUAGAGGUUAUAAAUAUAAUCCAGAUAUAAAAGUCCAUGAAAUUGAUCCGGGCAUGAUAAAAAAUCCUGCUUGUGGUAGUGAAUCAGAUAGUCGCGGUGAAUCAAAGAAAGUAGUAAAGAGAAUAUUAAGGGAUGCGAUAGAGAUUGCAUGUAAAUCAUUUAAUAUUUCUGCUGAUAAAGUAGUUAACAAAGAAUAUCAAACGACACUCCGUUAUUUACCCAUAUUAGAAAAGUUGGGGCACGAUGAUUGUUCAACAAAUAUCGGUAAUAAAUAUUUAGACCUUCUUAACUGGAUGGCUCCCGAGAAAAUGCAAAAAUACAAAAAUACAAAUAGUUCUUUAUCUCCAGAGACUGAUGCUGAACUGUACCCAUAUACACAAAAAUCAUGGGAACAUAAUCCAGAUGUAAGAAUUAGCCUUGAACAGCUUUACAUAGAUGUAUCAAAUAUGUCUAAAAAAGUAAUUCCGGGUAAAGAUCCUGCUAUUUUAACCAUUAACAACAGCAAAUCUGAUGAACCUCAUAAGAUAUCUUUAAGUGAAGAUGAAAUCAAUCCUAUGGUUUGA